AGUCGAUUAAUCUCAAUCUUGAUCUUUCCAAGUGUUUUGGCCCCAAUAAACGGCUGAAAAGUGAUUACAGAGUGGAGCAAGUUAUAGUUUUAUUCUAUUUUUCUGUUUUGAAGAUGUGAAGGUGUUUUUACUACUUCUAACAUGGAUAUUUUUUGCAGUGUGUGUGCUCUCCAGAUCCUCCCAGUACUUUCUCAACACUUGCUCUGUGCCGACUCAUCGCCUGAGAAGUCACCGUCCAGUAUAAAACCCGCAGCCAGAAGGAAUUAGACCAGUUCACUUUGAGGUGUUAAAAAAAAACUCGUCGUCCACUUGGGGAUUUUUUUUGAUGGAUCAACAGGUGACUGAUUGCGUAACGGUGAUGCGCGUAAUCCAAACGAGAUAAAGUUCUACCAGGCACAGAUUUACUGUAGGGAUUCCAGUCUUUAAAAAAAGAAACAAGAUUUGGUUUAGGGUUGUUUUUGGCCAAAGAGCUGACCUGUACUUGGCGUUGAUCUCGGCUCGACAUGGCAGAGGGGGACUUCUACACUAUGGGAAACAGGCAGAGGUUUCCCAGGGAUCCGUUUGUAGAAUCACCAUUCAGGGAUCAGUCUCCCUUUAGGGAACAGUCUCCGUUCAGGGAUCAGCUCGCAACGCGGUUUAUUGACGAUGAUGACUUCGGGAUGUCACCUUUUCCCGACGAUCUAGCGAUGGACUGGCCGGGCUGGGCUCGACCGGGCCGGCUAAGCUCACGCCUCAGUCCCUCUCCCUUCAGCGGCGGAUUACGCACAGGUUUCCCCCCACGUCAGUCCACGGGAGGCCCGACAAUGUACACCAGCAGGUUUGGGGAGCCCUCCUCCCGGAGCUCCCCCACUACCACCUCGGGGGAGCCCUGGAAAGUUUGUGUGAACGUCCACAGCUUCAAACCAGAGGAAUUAAACAUCAAAACGAGAGAUGGAUUUGUAGAAGUGUCAGGGACACAUGAGGAGAAGCAGGAAAAAGGAGGCAUAGUGACAAAGAAUUUCACAAAGAAGAUACAGAUCCCGACAGAUGUGGACCCUCUGACAGUCUUCGCAUCUCUGUCCCCUGAGGGCGUCCUCAUCAUCGAGGCUCGGCAGACACCUCCAUAUUACCUGUUCAGUGACGAGGGCUGCGAGGGUGGUGAAAUGCAGGAGGUGGAGGCCCCCAAGCCCCAAAAGGCACCGAUGGUCUAAUCACCGCAGGUCAUCCUGCACAAUCACUUACAGUUUGAUACAAAAUGUGUGGCCUUCAGCUUCAUGUUGCUACAAACCUGGUCAUAAAAUAUGUAGUACUAGAAAGUAUUACAGUACUAGCAAGAUUAACGUACAUAUUAAAGCUGCACCAGGCAAGAUUUUUAUAUUGAAAAUGUAGAUUUUAUAAGCCACUUGACGAGUCUCUACUUCAUGCUAAUGAAGACGCUGCAGAUAUUUUAUUUUAUUUCACUUAGGUUCACAGAGUUCUGGUUCACUUUCCUUUGUACCUACAACUAACAAAUAUUUUCAUUAUUGCUUAAUCUCCCAACAGUUAUCUCAUUUUAUUUGUUUAUUUGUCCAUGAGUACCUUCACAUUUUCCAAAAUUCAAAGGUGACACCUUCAACUAGCUUUUUUUUUUUUUUUUUUUUUUUUUUUUUUUUUUUGCUUGAGUAACAGGGAAGAAUUUAAGGGCAUUGUAAAGAAUGUGGUGAAGUGAAUGAAGUGUUGUAUGUGUUAAAUUUUAAUAUGUUGUGAAUUUGUAUGGCUGCUACCUUGGCCAGGUCCUGGUAAAAUAAAGGUAAGAAUAAAAGGGGGGAAAUCAGGGGGGAAUGUUGAUGUGAAAUCAGUGUCAUUGACAUGUACAUUUCACAUCAACAUUUCUUAGAAUUCAAGCUUAAAGCAAAAACACAGUUGUCCAGAGGAACCAGGGAGAUUUAAUUUUGCCCCCAUGACUUCUUUUACUACAAAAAAGAAACAGACCACCCAGAUGGGUGGUAACCAUGGCUGUGAAGUCAAUAUUAAUCUGAUGUCACAUUUUGUGUUUUCAAACAAUUAUAUGGAGCCUUCAGUGUGCUAACUUAUCUUGUGCAGCUUUAAUAUUGUAUGCAGGUGUAUCCUGAAGUUAUGCAAGAGCUGCUGGGCCACUGAUGCAUUACAAGUUGUAGCAUUCUCAGUAAUUUAAGAUAUAUUAAGGUCAAAUUUAUAUAUUUAUUAACACAUUCAUUUAGUGGAACAAUCUUUGCAUAAAGUAUGUGAUUUCUUUUAAAAAAUUGACAAACUAUUGACUUGGGUGCCUUGUCUUCCUUCCUGUUUAACUUUUGAUCUAAUGAAUGUCAUUUAAACCGACAAGGAAUGAAAGUAAGUCACCUUUUGUUGCUACAGUAGGGGGUGAAUAGUGUGCAUUAAUGCUGUGAUCCACCAAAGUGCAUUGUAAAUAUACUUUAAUAUGUACGAGUUCAUUAUAAAUAUUAAUCUGAAGUGUUCCAGGUUUUGCAACAUGGUUUGCAUUUUUCUUUUCUAUUCGGGAAGGUGACUGCUUGACAGGAACCAACCGACUGACCUGUUAGCCAAAGAUAUUUGUUGCCUGCCUUCUUUUCUCUUGAUGUCUUUGUAUUGGCUGAUGCAAUAAAAAUGUUCAGCCAGUCUCUCAAUGUGUCUUAACAUCUGUGUCUUUUAUUGAGAU